AUGCGUCUUCGGUACAACUGGCCGAAGGAAAUACUCCGAAGCGUAAAAGAGCUUUUAGACAGAAUUCAAAAUUAUGAGCAGCAGCUUGCAUCUCGGCCUGAAAGCUCAUUAUUAUCCUCGCCAGCUCGACAGGAUCGCCUUCCGAGCAGGUUAUGGCAGUCCACAACACCUGCCAACCCUGCCACCCCGGGCAGCUAUCUACGAGACCAGCCACUGAACACAUACGAUGAUGGCGCUGAUGGAAUUAGCCCAGCAACCGACUUGGCAUCAGGUCCGGCAUUUGAAACUCAAGUUAAAUUUCUACUCCACAGAUCAAAACCAUAUACGCCCCCCUUGGGUGAGCUGUAUCACAAUUCCCGCGGUUUAGGUGGAUCGGGUGGUCAGUGGAAAUCAGUCCGUGGACUUGUUGAUGUUGAUGACCUUUCAAUCCCAUCAAUGGAGGAGUCUCGACAUUUACUUGAUCAAUUCCUAUACUAUCUAGGAGUGAGCCAGCACUUCUUCGACUCACGCUUAUUCUCUGAUCAGAUGGGGUUGCUUUUCCAAAUUUCGGAGACCCGAGAGAAACAGAAGCAGACAAUGUGGUAUACGGAGUAUCUACUCGUCAUGGCAAUGGCCAAGUUGAUGGAUGUUGAAGAGCCCACAUCUCAGGCACCGGGAUCAGGCCUUUUCUCACAAGCGCUGAAACGCCUUCCUCCGCUGCAUAAUCUGGGAGGGCAAGGGGUGAUUGCUGUGGAAAUAUUGACACUGGUUGCUACUUAUCUUCAGUGGUGUGAUCGAAAGCAUGAUGCGUACCUUUAUAUCGGUCUUGCUCUCAGAUUAGCGAUUGCCCUCGGUUGUAAUCUCCCGGAGAAUGAACAGAGCUGUCUACCCUCGCAAGCUGCCCAUCGGGUGAGAUUGUGGUGGACUGUAUAUAUGCUGGAUAGACGUCUGUCGUCGGGUCUCGGGCUUGCUGCAGGGGCCGAUGAGAGACAAUUAAAAGCAGGAUACCCUCGACAUGUUGUGGGCCUCCUGUCGCCCGUUGCUAUUACGAUCAAUGUGCGUAUAGCGCGCAUCACAGAUGAGAUUAUGUCUUCUUUAUAUGGCAAUUCUUCCAUCACUCAACUGGAGUUGGUAAGGAAAGUCCAGACUAUUCUCCAGGAACUUAACGAUAUAGGCCAAUCUUUCCCUCCAUCUUUAACCUUAGACUUCAAUCGACCAUUGGGGAAAGUGACACGCACAGGGUCGUCUCUGUCUUUGAUGCUUUUCCAGGCCAUUAUACUUUGCACUCGGCCUAUUCUACUAAGGAGGGUCCGUUUAGAAGUUCAGAGACAGCAAGAGCCCUUACCACCGGGGCAAGCUCCGGAGAUAUUAGCCCGACUCUGCGAUACCUGCCACGAGGCUUCAAUCCGAAGCCUCGCGAUCCUAUACAGGCUUCAGCAACAGCGGAUCAUUCCCCGCUAUGGAUUCUUUGAUUUGGAUGCAACCUUCUCUGCGGCCUUUGUCCUAGUAAUGGCAGGCGUUAUAGACAACUCCCAAGACCAACCGCCACAAGCUCUUGAUCAAGCUUUUCACAUUCUCCAAUUCCUCUCUCGAUCAGGGAAUUCAGCGGCUGAACAAAGAUUGCAAGACAUCGCACAGUCAUGUUCUCACGUCUGGCCAAACUAUGUUUUUGGGGCCAGGGCACAAACUCCCUCGGUGAAUCCGUUGAAUGAUCAAGCGCAAAAUCAUGUCAUAAGACAGGAUAUGAGAAAAGACUCUCUAUCAUCCUCUGCCCCUUCGAAUCAUACCAAUCAGGUUCAUUUGGAUGAGAGCAGACUACUUGAACCUUGGCAGUCUGGAGCCUCGGAUGCUAUUUUCGAAAUAGAGGGAGAUUGGGGACUGGACCUGACAGGUGAAGCGGAGAGGAUUCACUCAAGCUUUCAUAAUCCAAUCUUGCCGUUGACGGGAGUGGAUCAUAUGGACUGGUUGGAGAUAGAGAAGUUAUUUAAUGCAUCAGGAGAAGUUUGA